GGUGUGUUGCUUUGUUCCUUUAUGUUUGUUCACUUCACUCAUAUUUUUCUCUCCGUGUGUCUUGCAGGUGAGCUUCUGGUGCCCACACAUUCCCCGCGCUACCCCACUGCGGCAGAACUUGAUGCCUACGCUCAGAAGACGGCCAACAGCCCUCUGUCCAUCAAGAUCUUCCCCACUAACAUCAGGGUUCCCCAGCACAAGCACCUUAACCGGACUGUGAAUGGAUAUGACACCACAGGGCAACGCUAUGCUCCCUACCCACAUAUCCACACGGGAGGCUACCAGGGACUGCUCGCCAUCCUCAAGGCCUCCUCCUCGUCAUCGUCGCUAUCAUCGACUUCCACUUUUGUCCCUUCAAAAGGUGUUCUCAAGAAUGCCGAAGGCAGACGGACUAAACUUUCUCCAGCCCACAUAGCUAUUGCCCCAUACCCACCCCCUAAUAAUAGCACUUUAGCCAGUGGCCACGGCCAAAUGGUUUACCACGCUGCGCCCUCAAAGCCUCCAGAAGGCUCUGGACUGUCGGUUCCCCCAAAUGUCACUGUAGCUGGCUCAGUGAUUCCUGUAACAGGGGGCCGAGGCCUUGCCCUGCCCGCACAGUCCAACCUCCCAUCAAUCCAGAGCAUCAUCUACCAGAUCAAUCAGCAUUGCCAAGCCCAGGCUCUGCAGCAGGUGUGUCAAGGGGCUACAGCUGCGCCAUCAAAUUCCAGCCCCUCCAAGCAGGGAACUACAACUAUCAUGGGGGUUUCUUCUAGCUCAUCAGGUGGAGGCUAUGUGGUGGGAAUGGCUCCCCAGGCUAACAUGGUGUACGCAGGGCCAGCGCUGCCAGCACAGAAUGCUGAGGCAAUGAAAACUGGUGUGUACACAGACAGUAUGGACUAUAUCCUUUGGCAGAAACAGCAGCAACAACAACACCAACAUCAACAGCAGCAGCAGCAGGCCGUGCUCCGCAUGUACAGUGGAGGCAGUGGAGGAGGGGCCGCCAACAGCAAGUCCCCAGAGUCUUGUGUUCCAGGUGGAGGGAUCAUGGCUGCCCAAGUGUCCUCCUCCUCCUCCAGACCUUAUCAUCUGACAGCUAGUGCCAGCGGCGGAGGCGGUCUAGACAAAGUCAGCUCUUCCCCUUUGAACUGUGUGGGUAUGCAUGGAAAUUUCUCAGUGGGUCAGUACUUUGCUCCGCCGUGGAACAGUGUGCUGGUGACACCGGACAGUGACUGCUACAACCCCCAGGAGCUUUUGGGCACCUCCACAGGAGGGCCAGUCACGGGGCACAGAGAGAUGGGCUAUCCCCACCACCAUCACCACUACCACCACCCUCAUCAUCACCACCCUGCCAUAGACAGUGGGGGAGGUUUGUGCUGCAGCCUGCCCAGCAAGAGCCUGUGCAACACGUCUGUGCUGAGCAGCAGCUUGCAGUCUCUGGAGUACCUGAUCAACGACAUCCACCCGCCCUGCAUCAAGGAGCAGAUGCUUGGCAAAGGCUACGAGACUGUGUCUGUGCCACGUCUGUUAGACCACCAGCAUGCACACAUCCGCCUCCCUGUUUACAGAUAGAGGGGGCAGACGAAGAGGAAAAGAAUCAAGGGUUGUGAAUUUGUGAAGUAAACCAUAAAAAACACAGAUGUUUUUCGGUUGGGGUACAGAGUUGUUGUGAGUGGCACUGCUUUAACUAGUGUGGGGGCUUAGACAAGCACAGUUGUGCUGUGUGACUUUAGGUUUGGUGGUUUCAAGGCAGGCUGUGUGAAUCCCAAAUAUGAAAAGUGUUAGUGAAUACCAGAGGGAGAGAAAAGGGAUUUCAAGAUUCUCCAGAUGUUCCUUUGUGUGGUUUGCCAAUAGGAAUUUUGGAUUGAUUAUUAUUUUUUUUUCUCAUUUUAUUUUUUUUGUGUGUGUUUUUGUUUUGUUUUCUUGUUUUACUUGCUUGAACAUUUUUGAGAAUCAUAGCUUGACAUGAAGUGCAUACGCCACUUGUACCUUCCC